AUGGAGCAUCUCACUGCUUCGCUCCAGACUCUGGGCCUCAAUGAGGUGCCUCAACUAGCCAACUUGGCCACCUUCCCUACAUACAACCAGGUCGACAUCUACCGUGCACACAUCGCCGAGCUGCUUGCGCCCAUUACCGGCGUCGCUGCUGAGCAGGUCUACCCUCUGCUGCAAUGGACUCAGGUUCUGGAAUACGGCGAUGUCAUGUUGCCCGUUCCCGCUCUGCGUAUCAAGGGCAAGAAGCCCGAUGCUCUCGCUCUUGAGAUCAAGGAACAGUCACCCCUUGUCCUUCCUCCCGUUGCCGAAAAGACCUUUGUCCGUUUCUUCUUCAAGCCCGGUCCUCUCGCCAAGCUCGUCCUUCCUUCAAUCCUCAAGAACACCACCAAGUACGGUUUCAACCCCAACCUUGGCCUCAAGGAACCUAAGGAUCCCAAUUCCGAGAAGAAGAAGAUGAUCGUCGAGUUCUCAUCGCCCAACAUCGCCAAGCCUUUCCACGCCGGUCACUUGCGCUCAACUAUCAUUGGAGGUUUCUUGAGCAACCUGUACGAGGCUGCUGGUUGGGAUGUUACCCGCAUCAACUACCUCGGUGACUGGGGUAAGCAGUACGGUGUCCUGGCUAUCGGUUUCGAGAAGUUCGGAAGCGACGAAGCUCUUGAAGCCAACCCCAUCGGUCACCUGUACGAGGUCUACGUCAAGGUUAGCGCCAUCGCACACGAAGAGGGCGAGCAGGUCAAGGCUCUCAAGGCAAAGAUUGUCGAGCUUGAAGGCAAGAACGAGUCAGUCGUUGAGCAGCAGGCCGAGAUUGAGCGUAUUGAGAAGGAGGGUAUCGACCAACAAGCCCGUGACUACUUCAAGCGCAUGGCCGACGGCGAGAAGGACGCCCUGGCUAUCUGGGCCCGUUUCCGUGACCUCUCGAUUGUCAAGUACAAGCAGACCUACGCUCGUUUGAACAUCACCUACGACGACUACUCUGGUGAAUCGCAGGUCAAGAACGAGAGCAUGGAGACUGCUGCCGAUAUUCUUGCCGAGAAGAAGAUCAGUGAGCAGAGUGAGGGCGCUGUCCUCGUUGACCUGACCAAGUACCAGAAGAAGCUGGGCAAGGCCCUGGUCAAGAAGAGAGACGGCACAACCCUCUACCUCACCCGUGAUAUCGGUGCCGCGAUUGAGCGUCACCAGAAGUACGGCUUUGACAAGAUGAUCUACGUUGUCGCCUCGCAGCAAGACUUGCACUUGGCUCAACUCUUCAAGAUUCUCGAGGUCAUGGGUGACGAAUAUGCUGAGGUGGCCAAGAAGUGCCAGCACAUCAACUUCGGUAUGGUCUUGGGUAUGUCGACCCGUAAGGGUACCGCCAAGUUCCUCGACGACAUUCUUCGUGAUGUCGGUGAGAAGAUGCACGAUGUCAUGAGAAGCAAUGAGGGCAAGUACGUCCAGGUCGAGAACCCUGAGCAGACUGCCGAUACUCUCGGUAUCUCAGCCGUCAUGGUGCAAGACAUGAGCGGUAAGCGUAUCAACAACUACGAAUUCGACAUCAACCGCAUGACAUCGUUCGAGGGUGACACUGGCCCAUACCUCCAAUACGCACACGCUCGUCUCUGCUCGAUUGCCCGCAAAGCAGAAUUCACACCCGAACAGCUCGCAACUGCCGACUGGUCGCUGCUGACCGAGAAGCACGCUGUGGACGUUAUCCGUUCGCUCGCACAAUGGCCCGACACUUUCGUCAACACAAUCAAGACACAGGAGCCCGUCACUGUCUUGACAUAUCUCUUCAAGAUGACACACAUGUUGAGCAGUUCUUACGAGCAGCUGAACGUCAUGAAGGCCGAGCCUGAGGUCAAGAAGGCUCGUGCAGCACUUUACGAGUGCGCUCGUCAAGUCCUGUACAACGGUAUGAGACUGCUAGGUCUGAACCCUGUCGAGCGUAUGUAA